AUGCACUUGCUCUCCCAAAUGGCCUGGUCUGCCGUGGCCUUGGCCUACAUUGGAACUGUUGGCGGCGCUGCCGACGUGGUGGAAAUCGACCUCGUUUUCCCGCGCAUGAACGAGACAAACGCGCCCACGGACAGACUGCCCGCCGUCUUUGCUGUUCAAAAUUUCGAGUUUGCGCAGAACCUCCGGCUCUUUAUUGCCUAUAUGAUACGGAACGGCACUAAUUCACCCUGCGACGAGCCAGACCUUGUACACGACUUCGAGCCCGGUAUCAUCGUCAACAGUACGAAUCGGGCUAUCAAGUUCACCAUCGAGGAUGGGGGGCAGGCGGUGGAACUCGUCGCUGCUACAGACAACGACAAAAGCUGUGACGAGGAAUUCGGGGUCUCCAUUAACGUCACCGACAAAAGCAUGGAAGUUCCUUCCUCGAGAAACUUUGACGGUGGGACUUGUGCUGUGCUGGCGUCCUCUACCCCGACCGUGAGCCCGCAUCCCUGCCAGGUUCAAAUCGACUCGGCCGCGGCCGCAAGCAUAUCAGCCUCGGUGGUCGCCGACCUCUGCGCCAGCUUUGACCCCCCGGCGGACUGCCCGAAGGACAAUACCGCCCGACGGUUGGCCGUUGCAGGCACGACAUGGUUAGCUGCUGCGUUGGCAGCGUUUGGUUACAUCCUGACGUGA